CCUUCUCACCAAAUCUAGUCUUCUUACGUUAAUAGAGGUCUUCUACCACUCUGGUUCAAGAGUUGUUACGGCAUUCUAAGUAAUCGGUUCAAUAAAUAAACCAUCUUUCAAAAAGAAAAGGACAAACCAACCACAACUUUUAUAAAACCCAACAAAAACCCAAUUUUUUCUUGAGAACCCCACCAAUUGAGACCCAAUGGCUUUAAUCACAUCGUUAUUGUCAAAGCCAAAAUCCUUAGCUGUAUCACCUCCUCAAAGAGCGACAACAAUAAAAACCAGAUCUUGCUCUUGCAAAGUCUUAAACUUUGGCCAUCAAAACCCAAAAUUCAAUCAAAUAAACGGAGAGCAGAGUCCUCUGCAGGCGAGUUUUAUCACUCGUUUGAAUAGGAGUUACAGCAAUAGGAAAGUGUUGGCAUUGGCUAAUGGGGUGUCAGUUGGAGCAAACGAGCCCGACCCAGAAGGGAAAACCUCGGGUAGAAUUUUGUUAUCUAAUGUGGUGGUGCAAAGGAAGAAGGAAGUGUUUUGGGGAAGAAAAUGGAACACUUUGGAUAUGGCCACUGCUGGUGUUGUUGUAGGCAUGCAUUUGCUCAGCCUUUUUGCACCUUUUCAUUUCAAUUGGCCCGCUUUUUGGCUUGCUGUGGGACUCUAUGGGGUGACAGGACUUCUGGGGAUUACAUUGUCUUUUCAUAGGAAUCUUUCUCAUAGAAGCUUCAAGGUUCCAAAAUGGCUUGAGUACUUCUUUGCUUAUUGUGGAGUUCAGGCACUUCAGGGGAAUCCAAUUGACUGGGUAAGCACACAUAGGUACCACCACCAAUUUUGUGAUUCAGACAGAGACCCCCAUAGCCCCAUUGAAGGGUUUUGGUUCAGCCACAUGAGCUGGCUCUUUGAUACCGACACCGUUGUUGAAAGGUGUGGAGAACCAACCAAUGUUGGGGAUCUACGGCAGCAGCCCUUCUACAAGUUUCUUCAGGGUACCUACAUUCUUCAUCCAAUUGCACUUGGAGUUUUGCUAUAUGCUCUAGGAGGGUUUCCCUUCCUUGUUUGGGGAAUGGGUGUGAGGAUUGUAUGGGUUUACCACAUCACUUGGCUGGUAAAUUCAGCUUGCCAUGUGUGGGGGAAGCAAGCAUGGAAUUCUGGUGAUUUGUCCAGGAACAAUUGGUGGGUGGCAUUGCUUGCAUUUGGAGAGGGUUGGCAUAAUAACCACCAUGCUUUCGAAUACUCAGCCAGACAUGGUCUGGAAUGGUGGCAACUGGACAUGACUUGGUGUGUAAUCAAAUUUCUUCAAGUUAUCGGACAGGCAACUGAGGUUAAGCUACCUACUGAAGUUCAGAAGAAAAGGAUGGCUUUCAGCAGCUGAGGUGUCCGCAUUGGAGAUUAGUCUUUAAUCUUUAGGCCUUCAAAGGUGUUUGCUUAACCAUGGUGAGAUACUUAUUUAGGUGAAUGGACUACUUUUGUUGGUUCUGGUACUGCCGCACCAUCAGGACUCUAGCUGUGAACUACAUUUCUUUAGUUAUAUGGCCCGACUUCUGAUGUAAUUACAUAUAAUCUAUACAGAAAUCAAUCGUCUUGACCUGAGCUAAAGGUCCAUAUAAUCAACAGAUUAUUUUUACCUCUUU